AUGUGUCUCAAGAUCAUCUCCGACCGCUUCCGUCUGCAGCCCAAAGCGCAGAAUGUGCCUCGUCAGUUCCUACCGGAGGUUAUGGCUCGCCUUCCGUUGGACCUCGACGUGUGCGUGACGGCUCCUAAUGUGACGGACGAGAACUACUGGAAGCGCUGCUGCCUCAGCAAGACGCAGUGGAAGAACAUCCAGAUCGCCGACCACGGACUCACGUGGAAGCAGCUCUUCCUAGAGAAGCAUCUGCAGGAUCUACUGGAGGACUUCGAUCCAUCGCUGGAUGAUCAUGACCACUUGAUGGCCGUUGUAAAGGCUUCCAGUGAGUACAUUUUCACCCUGGAGAUCGACCAGCUAUUGUCGCAUCUGGACUUGAACGAGAUCUGUGCGCAGUUGCGCAACUUGACCAGGCUCCGAGUGACCUACGGCGUCAAGCAGAUCGGGAUGAAGUACGAGCGUAUGCUGUUCGGAAUGAAGAUCUCCGACGCGACCAACCUCUCACACAUUAUCAAGUCGUCGAACUCGCUGACGACGUUGUGGCUACCCAGCAAUCUGCUAGACGACGACUUGCUACGGAUGCUCAUGACGGGGCUCGUGAAGAACACCAGCAUUACGUCGCUCGAUCUCUCACACAACAAGCUGACGAACCACGGAGCGAGGUUACUGUCCAAACUGCUAGGCCCCGAGAGCGUGAUCACCACGCUGAAGCUGUGCGAUAACCAGAUCCACGCAGAGGGCGGGAGAUACCUCAGUCGCGGGCUCAAGUACAACACCAGCUUGGUAGAGCUCGAUCUUCGGCUCAACCGCCUCACCGACGAUGGCGGUCGCAUGCUGCUGGAAGGUCUCGUUGAGCACACCUCGCUGACUAACCUGAAUUUGAGCAGUAACAUGCUGGGCAAGGAAAGUGCCGAAGCGUUAGCUGAAAUCCUCAGCGACUCACUAACGGCACUUCGCUCCCUUGACCUGAGCAGCAACGCUCUGACCGAAAGCGAUGGAGACGUGCUGCUGCAGGGUUUGCAGCAGAAUAACACACUCGUCGCACUCGACCUGCGCCAGAACACGCAGAUCCCCGCUGAUACCGAUUGCCUCGUGAAGAUCGCACAAAAAAUCCGACAGAACGAAGUGAACAUGAAGACCCCGCCCUCCACUGAAGGGGGUGGUAACAGCUCAUAA